GUUCUUAAUCCACUUGUUCUUUUAUGCGGGUUUUUACUGUAUUCUCUUAAGCCAUUUCUUAACUAAGUCAGAAACCCUUACCACUACAAUCCCGUCUCACUUCCACUAGGUUUGCGGAAACGAGUUGAAUAGUAAUACAUAUAGUUCCUCACGCCUUCACUGACAAAUGAAGUCAAAGACGAAUGCAAUUGCAACUGUAAUUUUCAUUUAGUCCUGACAGAAGUGUUUGACAUGAACAACAUGGACGAAGUUCUACAAGCCAUCUCUAUCGGCCUCAUAGUUGCUUGCUUCCUUCUCAACACCAAUCGAGCUCUAAAGAGCAUCGAAAUAUGCAAGGAAUGCUUGGUCAUAGUGAAACACAAAGCAGGAAUCAAAGACGAUAAACUAGCCAUAUUAUUCUACAAGAGGUUGUAUUUGAUGUUGUCGAAGGCUUAUUGUGCAGUCAACAACAACAAAAAUGCCAUAAAAUAUGCAGAAAAAAUUCUCGAGAUUUACCGUGAUAGUGGAGAAAGACUUGCAGAAUAUGAUCUAAGCUUCGAUCUAGGAAAAAUGUAUUUGCGUCAAAGCAAAUACGAAGAAGCAAGAAAACUCUACGAGAAAGCCCUACUAAUCAGUACAGAAAUCGGCGGCAAAAAGGCAGAAGCUUCCUGUUACGGAAAUCUUGGAAAGGUGUAUCAAUCACUAGGCGAGUAUCAUAAAGCACGAGAAAAUGUUGAGAAAUCACUUGUGAUCGCAAAAGAAAUUGGUGACAGAAAUGGAGAAGCCGCCUGUUACGUAGAUCUUGGAGCUGUGUAUGAAGCAGUUGGCGAGUAUCACAAGGCGAGAGAACAUCUUGAGAAAUCACUUGUGAUCAGAAAAGAAAUAGGUAACAGAAAUGGAGAAGCCGUCUGUUACGGAAAUCUUGGAGCUGUGUAUGAAUCAGUUGGCGAGUAUGACAAGGCGAGAGAACAUCUUGAGAAAUCACUUGUGAUCACAAAAGAAAUCGGUGACAGAAAUGGAGAGGCCGCCUGUUACGGAAACCUUGGAGUUGUGUAUCAAUCAGUUGGCGAGUAUGACAAGGCGAGAGAACAUCUUGAGAAAUCACUUAUGAUCAGAAAAGAAAUCGGUCACAGAAAUGGAGAAGCCGCCUGCUACGGAAACCUUGGAGUUGUGUAUCAAUCAGUUGGCGAGUAUGACAAGGCGAGAGAACAUCAGGAGAAAUCACUUGUGAUCACAAAAGAAAUCGGUGACAGAAAGGGAGAAGCGGCCUGUUACGGAAUCCUUGGAGCUGUGUAUGAAUCAGUUGGCGAGUAUGAAAAGGCUAAAGAACUUUGCGGGAAAUCGCUUGCGAUUCGAAAAAGAAUCGGUGACCGAGAUGGAGAAGCUGCCUGUUACGGAAACCUUGGACAUGUGUAUCGAUUAGUUGGCGAGUAUGACAUGGCUAGAAAACAUCUCGAAAAAUCACUUGCGAUCGCAAAAGAAAUUGGCAACAGAAAUGGAGAAGCCUCCAGCUACGUAAUGCUUGGUUCUCUGUAUCUAUCAGUUGGCGAAGAACAUCCGGCUAAUGAACACUUUGAGACAGCAUUGCUGAUCAAAAGAAAAACUGGUGACAAGAAAGGGGUAAUUUCGUGUUGCAAUAGACUCGCUGCUUCAUUUCUCUCGCUCGGUAAAUAUCCCACGGCUAACACUUAUAAUCAGGAAGCACUUAUGAUCGCAUCACAAAUUGGACACAAGGCUGAGAAAGCCGACUCUUUAUUAAUGCAAGGAUAUAUCUUGUACUCAAUUGGUGANUGA